AUGCAGCACUACGGGGUGAACGGAUACUCUCUGCACGCCAUGAACUCUCUGAGCGCCAUGUACAACCUCCACCAGCAGGCGGCGCAGCAGGCCCAGCACACACCGGACUACAGGCCCUCCGUGCACGCGCUCACUCUGGCAGAGAGACUGGCUGACAUUAUCCUCGAGGCCCGGUAUGGCUCCCAGCACCGAAAGCAGCGGCGCAGUCGGACCGCGUUCACCGCCCAGCAGCUGGAGGCCCUGGAGAAAACCUUCCAGAAGACCCACUACCCCGACGUGGUGAUGCGGGAACGCCUGGCCAUGUGCACCAACCUGCCCGAGGCCCGCGUCCAGGUCUGGUUUAAGAACCGCAGGGCCAAGUUUCGUAAGAAGCAGCGCAGCCUGCAGAAGGAGCAGCUGCAGAAACAGAAGGAGGCGUCCGGAGCUGCAGAGGGCUCCACAGAGGAGUCCAAGACUGAAACCACCACCAGCAGCACCGCCCUGGUUCCUGAGACCCCCCCCCCCUCCAUCCUCCUCCUCAUCCUGCCCACGAGCGUGGAAGUGAACGUCACCUCUCCUGAGCCGUCGGACAGCGAGUCAGCAGCGGAGGAUAACGCUGACAGAGAGGAGGACGAGAUGAGAGGGGAGACGAGGGGGAAGAGCAGGGAGGAGACGCAGGGGGAGGGGGGGGCGCAGCCGGGGAGCAGCUCCCCAAUCUGCAAACAGCUGAGCCCCAGACCAGACUCCCCCCUGAUCUCCCCCCCCUUGCCGUCCUCCAGCAGCGUCACCAGUGGUCUGGCUCAAGGUAACUCCUACGCCUCGUCUCCGCUCAGCCUCUUCCGGCUGCAGGAGCAGUUUCGGCAGCACAUGGUCGCCACCAACAACAUGGUGCACUACCCGUCCUUCGAGAUGACCCCGCCCCCCCCCCCCAUGCCCUACCUCGGCAUGAACGUCAACGUGCCGUCCCCCCUGAGCUCGAUGCCCUGCCCGUCCUACUACCAGACGCUGUCGCAGGCCCAGCAGGUGUGGAGCAGCCCUAUGAUGCAGGGGGGGCCAGGAGGUCUACCCGGGAGCCUCAACAGCAAGACCACCAGCAUCGAGAACCUCCGUCUGAGGGCCAAGCAGCACGCAGCCUCGCUGGGAUUGGACACGCACCCCAACUGAAGCUCGGGCUGAGCAUUCGCCCUCUAGUCAGGGCCGUACUGAUGAAUUAUGGGCCCUGUUUGCAGGAGGUGACUCUGGGCCCCUGUUUUCUUUCUGCUUGCUGCU